GCCACCUCACUAUAUACCGGUACUGCGCUAGCUAGACGUACGUCCUCCCCGUUCCCUCCAAGGCGUUCGAAUUUGUGUGCACCGGCCGGCGAGCGCUAUGUCCCAAGCGCCGAACGCCGAGCCCGACGAGCGCGACGGCUUCACCUGCGGCACGCUGUUCACGUGCCUCUGCCUCCCAGGACUCUCCAAGAAGAAGCCCGAGGAAACCGGCAACUCCGGCAAGAGCCAGCAGCCAGCGGCGCCGGAACAAGACCAGCGCACGGAGCAGGAACCGCCGCAGGUGCUGCUAACCCGUGCGGCGUCCCUGGAGAAGCUCGAGUGCUCCUCGCUCUACUCCGGCAGCAACAUCGUCUUCGACUUCCUGGUGGAGCCUGGGGGAAGGGACGACCGUGGCGCCGUCCAUGGAUACUGCCCGUCGCCGUGCUUCGACCUGCCGGUGGAGCUGAUACGGGCCGGCGAACGAUGCGGGGCUGUAGCAAGCGACGCGCCGGUCACGUCCGCCUUCGUGUUCGACGGCCACCGAGAUGGCGCAGCUCUGAAGAGGAUGGCGUCGUGCCUGGCGUCCAGCGUGCCUACAGGCGGCGAGGCGCGGCCAACGCAUCUCGUGAGGUUCCUGUCCGCGUCGGGUUGUGCCGUGCCGGUGCGGUCUCCCGUGACGUCUUUCGGUGGCCCGGCAAAUGGGGGCGGCGGUUGACGACUCGUGCCCGCGGUGGCAUACAACUUGAAGCCGAAAACGAUGCGAGAGGGGAACCGUCGUUGCAAGAAGUUGGUGUCGCAUUUGGUUUUCACACUUUUAACAACAGAAAUCCAAUUCCAUUUUU